UGGAGACUCCUGAGGAGGCUUUCUCUCUCCCUCACUUCCCUGUUGGCUCAGAGAGGAGGACAGAGGCACAGCAGACGAUCGCUCAACUCUAACCUAACUGUCAGUCAACAACAAAAGGAUGCUGUACACAGAGUUGAUCCGCCUAUGGGAUGAGGCAGUGCAGUCCAUGGAUGCCAAAGACUGGGAGGGAGCCCUGGCUAAACUGGAUCAGAUCAGUGAACCCACGUCUCGCACCCUGUUUAACACUGCCUCAGCUUACCUGGCUCUGGGAGAGCUCCACCAGGCCUUAAAGGCGUUAGACUUCACCAUUGAAAAGGAUCAGCGAUUGGCUGUGGGUUUCUUCCAGAGAGCAGCUGUGAUGAUGCAGGUCGACAGGUUGGAAGAGGCGCUGUCAGACUGUAUCUGGGCCCAGAAACACAUGAGAGGAAACAUGGUCAUCGACUACAAACAGCUGGGACUGAGAUACAAACUCUACAGCUGGCAGGUGUUGUAUAAUGCUGCAGCUGUGUACUGUCGGAUGGGCCAAUGGGAGCAGGCGAAGGAGGUGCUGCUGUCCGCAUCCCAGGAGAGAGGUGGAGGUCGAGGGGGGAACAUAGAGGUGGCUCUGGACGGCAUCCCGAGGGAGGAGGUACCGGCUCCCCUUCUGGUCCCUGAGGGUGUGGUGUUUCGACCAAGGAAACAGGAAGUGGAGCAGCUGCAGCAGAGAGACUUCCUGGGCAAAGCAAAGGUGAUUUCCUCCAUGAUUCCAAACGAUGAUUUUGGAGGCUUUGAGCCUUUAAGGAUGCAGAAACCUGGUUUCUAUGAGCCGAAAAUGGACGGAUCUCAGGAUUCUCGGUACAUGCGAGUGAAGACGCCGUACAUGGGUCGGGGGCAGGGACAGCUGACUGUACCUGGAGGGGCCAUGGUGUUUUUAUAUGGUGAGGAGGACAGAGACGGGAUGGCCACUGUCAUCUAUGACGGACAGAGAGGACUCCUGCCGGUGUCCCUGCUCGAACCUGCAGAUUUCAAAGCAUCCAAAGGCAAAAAGAAGAAUAGCAUUCCCAGCGGGAUCCCUCUCCCGCCAGGACUGAAACCACCCACUCGCCCGAAGGUCCAGCACAGCUCUGCAGCUCCUCCACUGGACACUCCACCUCCGUCCUACAUCACCGCCACCCACAUGCCGCUGCCAGCCUCUGAGCCUCCCAGGUACACAGCCAACGCAGCCAGCGACCAGCAUGCAGACUCAGCUCAGGGAGCAGAGGUGGGAUCGGUUGUAGUGAAGGUCCACUACACGUACACUGUGGCUCUGUCUGUCCCUCUGGACACACCGUACGGUGAGCUGAAGCAGAGAAUCGCACAGAAAUUGGGCCAGCCGGCGUCUCAGCUGCGCCUCAGACAUAAGCUGCACGGCUCCCGGGCACUCAUACCUCUGAGCGGAGAGGUGGAGCCAGACCACACCGUGCAGGAGAUGGCAGAGGCCGGCAGGGCCACCCUGUGGUGCCAGACAGAGGACCCCCUGAUCAGUCGUUCCAUCCUGUACCAGAUGGUGGCGCUGUACGACUACUCAGCUCAGGGCCCGGAGGACCUGGAGUUCAGUGAAGGAGACACCAUCGACAUCCUGGGUGAAGUUAACGAGGAAUGGCUGGAGGGACACUGCGCAGGAAACAUCGGCAUCUUCCCCAGCUGCUUCGCUUAUAGGGAGAACAUCACGGAUAGCCUGGAGAGCGUCUUAUAAACACAGACGUGAUUCUGUGCGCUCUGCUCUAAUAAAGCUGAUAACCUGCUAUGCUGCCUGCUUACAACAAAAAACAACACCUUCACAGGAGCAUGGCUCUAAGACAGUGGUUCUCAACUGGUGGGUCGGGACACAAAAGUGGUCACGUGGCUGAUUUCAGUGGGCUGCCUGGAAAAUAAUGAGGCAUAAAGUGGGGAAGCAUAAUUUAAAUAUCAGUUGAAAGUUAUUUAUCAGUAUCAACAGAUUUUAUGCACAGAAACUUCUACCAAUAUUUAAUGCUAAAGUUUUUAGCAGAACCAGCAGCCACCCUUACACUGAAGCUUUUGUAUUUUUUCAUCCUUGUUCCUUAAAUUUAAAAUAUGCACAAGGACUGAAGUUUGAGCUAGUUUAUCCUUACAUGAGAGAAGAAUGUGGAGAAAAUGUAGUAAAAUCAGAUGUUUGAUCUCCUCCCAGGGUUUGUGUAAAGAUUUUUGACAUGUUUAUUUGCCCUGUCCCUUUGUCCAAUGGGUCAUAAUUUCUCAUUUUAAAAGACGUCAGCGGCUCCUAUAGAUAGACCAGUUGAGACACACUGCUGUAAAAUAUUUGUCUCUGAUAGUCUUCACCGUCCUCCUGUUUCAGAGAUUCAGAGUAAGUACAUGGUACUGAAGAUUAUGUUAAUAUUAAAUCAGCUGGGCUUCUUUUUCUGUUUUUAUAGUCCACAGCUAUACUUUAAUAUUACAUGUUUUAUCCUUCAACAUUUAAAUGAGAGUUUAUGCUGACAUUAUUAAACUAUGUGUUUUUAUUUGCUACUAUCCUGAAACUGUUCUCAAUUUUGUGUGUGUGUGUGUGUGUGUGUGUGUUUUUUUUGGACUAAAUUCAAGAAUUAAAUAAGGUGAUGAAGCCGUUCUAGCCAUGGAUACAUUUACAACUGGGAAUUUGGGAUUAGAGCUCCUUAACUCAGGAGUUCUCUGCCAGUCUAUCAGGUGUCAAAGUCACUGCUUGUUUGUAUCUCUAUUUCUAAAAACUGUUUUUAUAGCAAGGCCUCAAAGAUUGAUAGAUAAUCUGUGUUAAAGUUUUGAUUUAAUCUGUUCUUAUUCCUGACUUUCAAAUCUUUUCCAUGUUUUUUCCAUGUAUUUUUGUAAUCUCUCUUAAAUGUCCUUUUAAAAAUUUUGAUUUUUUUAUAAGCCUUUUGUAAUGCACCUUACAACCCUGUUUAGAUAAGUGCUAUAUGAAUAAAGUCAUGAUUUUUGAA